UAUUCAAGGUCUUAAAAAACCCAUCUCGCAUGAAAAACCUCAGUUUACUCUUAUUUUCAUUACUCUUCUUUUACAUAGUUUUCUUCCUUCAUCACCAUGACCCUUCUUCAUCUUCCUCCUUUCAUCUCCUCACUCAUCCCUCCACAACCGCCAUCUCCUCCGAUUCUCCCACCGCCAUCCGCCACCUUUUCUUUUCCAUCGCCGCUUCAUCCGCUUCCUUUCCCAACCGUAAAUCCUACCUCCGCCUCUGGUAUCGCCCCUCCCAAACCUCCAAUUCCAUACGCGCCGCCGUCUUUCUCGACCGUCCAUCUACCACCGUCAACGAUCCCACCCUCCCUCCGUUCAUCAUCUCCGGCAGCACCUCUCGUUUCCCCUACUCCUUCCCCCGAGGUUCCCGCGCCGCAAUUCGAAUCGCAAGAAUCGUGAAGGAGGUUGUCGAUCUUAACGUUUCUGGAGUUCGUUGGUACGUGUUUGGCGACGAUGAUACAGUGUUCAUUGCAGAUAAUUUAGUAGCGACGCUGUCGAAGUAUGACCAUAAUGAGUGGUACUAUGUGGGAAGCAGUUCAGAGAGUUAUGAGCAGAAUCUGAUUAAUUCAUUUGAUAUGGCCUUCGGUGGAGGUGGGUUUGCGAUUAGCAGUUCUCUUGCUAGUGUUCUUUCUAGGGUUAUUGAUUCUUGCCUAAUGAGAUACCCUCAUCUCUACGGGAGCGAUUCUAGGGUUUUCUCUUGUUUGGCAGAGCUUGGCGUUGGAUUAACUCACGAACCAGGGUUUCAUCAGGUUGAUGUUCGUGGAGAUAUCUCAGGGAUGCUUUUGGGGCAUCCUUUAUCACCUUUACUGUCCCUUCACCAUUUGGAUUCUGUAAACCCUAUAUUUCCUAACAUGACUAGGUCAGAAGCAAUUGAACAUCUAUUCAAAGGUGUAAAUGUUGAUCCAAGCAGUGUUCUUCAGCAAACUGUUUGUUAUGAUCGGACAAAUUCUUUGACGAUUUUGGUUUCAUGGGGUUAUGCUGUUCAUGUGUUUGAUGGUAAUGUUCUUCUCCCGAAUCUUCUUCAUUUGAGGAGAACGUUUAGACCAUGGAGGAGAAAUAGGUCAUUUGCAUCAAACCUAUAUAUGUUCAAGACAGUCGAUGAUUUCCCAAGUGAUCCAUGUUUACGGCCUGCUGUGUUUUUCAUGAGAAGUGUUUCUUUAGAUUUUGGAAAUGUUUCGAGUGUCUACACGAGAUAUAACAUUGGGAAUUGCUCGAUAAGAAGAAAAAUCGACGGUUUAGAAUGGCUGAGAGUUGUUUCACAAAGUGGGCAUAGAGUGGUACAACAUAGUUUCAUAAAAUUCUUGAAGACAUUUGUUUUCUUUUAAUUGUUGGCAUUGACUUGUGAUUCUUUGUUUCAGAUAAAGCCUAUUCGAAGAAAGUGUUGUGAUGUUUUAUCGUCUAGGAGUCGUAAAUCGAAGGUGAUUCGCAUUAGAGAAUGCGCGGAGGAAGAAAUUAUCGCAAUGCAUGUGUAGGAGGAGGAGGAGGAGGUGGUUUUUGUAAUUUACUAUACAUUGUGGCUUUUCAGACAGAUACAUACCGGUAACUAGUAACAGGUAAUUAAUUAUGUAAAAAUAGACAUGAAAAAGCUUAUUUAUUUAUCUUUUAUCUAAUGCUUAAGGGAGUAGUUUCCAGCUUUUUAUCUUCAAGAAAUAUUCCCUCCAUUAUUAUAUCAAGUACAUCCUUAUGGCCACUUCCAGCAAUUUCACUUGCCAAAAGCAACUGCAAUUUCAUCUCUCAAAUGGAGAAAAUGAUAAAGGAACAAAUUUAUUUGGGAUCUGAAACCUGUUCCUAUAGCUUUUUUCAUUAUUUGUUCUGGAAACAGCAACAUUUUAUUAGUAAUCUAAGAAAAGUUUAUAACUUAAACUUGAAAUGGAGAGCAAAGUAGGCUUUUGCCUCCAACACAUCAAAAACUAAAGAAAAAUUCAAUUGAAUUUGAAUUAAAACUUGAAUACAUUUUGAAGCAAACACUACAUAAUGCAUAACAAAAUUAUCUUCUCUCAUGAUUAAUAUUCUCCAUUACUUGUUUACUAUCAUUGUUAUACUCUUUGCAAAUGAGUCAAUAACGUAUUUGGGAUCCUCAUCCAUGUAUUGAAAAGGGCACUAAGGUUGGCAUUCGCAUCAACCUCUUUUCUUUUCUUUUAUCUUUUGAAAAGACUAUUGAAUUUAUUUCUCUCCAAAUAUCUUAGACCAAAUGCAUAACAAAACAACGGUGAGCCCUUGCCCACCCUUUGUUUAAUAGAGUAAAUGAAUGGACCAUUACAUCAUCCCUUUUUCAAAUAGAGUAAGAGAAUGCACAAUUACACAUGCUAUGGUCCAUAGUUUCAACCUGAAUCAUGUAAAAAAGACACUUGACAUUAUAUGUAUAAAUUUACUUAGCUAGUCCUUUAUCAUCAAUCUUUCUUGAAUUGAUGCCUCGGGCUUUUGUUGACUACACAACUUUCCACCCAGCAAUCUCAACACCUCUGACACUAAAUAAAACUCACGCAUUGCUUGUAGUAAAUGAGUCUUUCACUACUUGUGAGGAAAGAAUACCAUAUUUUCAAAUUUCCUUGAAAAUAUUUGUCAUAUUUACAUCCUACCUUAAAAUAUACUGUUUGGGCAACCCAUCUUAAUUCUUUUUGUGAAAUUUGCAACCCAUGGAUGAAAUCUUCCUACCCAGUUAAACUCUUGCCAUACCAAAAUCAAACGGAACCCAUCUUUUUCACUUCUUCUCUUAGAUGUCUACUCUUUCUUAUCUUUACAGAACCCAAUUCACUCUUUUUCUUCUCCUUUCUUACGACCCACCAUUUCAAGAUUGUCGUUAGCCCUAGCCUUAGUCGGGCCUUCUCUGAGAACCCUCUUUUGGUCCUUCCUGCUCCCGUGACGCUGAAACCGCUCGAGAAGUCUCCUUUUGUGACCAAGAUAGCCUAUCCCUAUCCCUAUCCCUAUCCCUAUCCCUAGACUUCGCCUUCAAUAGAGUUCAGCGAUUGCGUUUCAGAUUUCUUGUUCUUUCUUCUUUCUUGAUGAUUGAUUAUGAUGUGAUGUCGAUCUUGAGCUACUUACUAUUUCAGUUGGUUUCACUUUCUUCUGAUUGACUGGAUUCAUGAAGCUAAAAAAAUUCAGCUACUUUAAUCUUUUUGUUAUGUGAAUUGACUGAAUUCUGUUCCUAGUAUUAUAAUUUUAUGUAGUUUGAUGUUAUUGAAUAAACCUCACUUAAUCUGGAUGAUUUAUUAAGUUGGAGAACAAACAUACCCAUUUUCUGCAUUAAUCUGCGUUAAUCUGUUCCUUCGGAAGAAAGACCUGGUUGGAGCUGCAGAAUGCCUUUUCUUUCUGCUAUUUUUUAUUCUGAUAAAUUUCUUGUCUUUGUUACUACCCAAAAAUAUCCCUCAACAAACUUUUUUUUUUUGAGAAAAUAUUAGUCAUUUCAUUAAAAGAAGACAAGAGAAAACAAAGAAAUGAAAGACAUGCCCUUAAGAUCACAGUUCAAACACAAAGAAAAGAAAAACAUUCAACACAUUUCAUGUCUUACAUUCAAAUAAAACUUCUCAUUUUAAAACCUCGUUCCAAAGUCCCAUUUCUAUAAAUCUGAUUGCUGUUGAUGCCCCAUUCUUGGCAUAGUAACCAAUUGUGAAGUCUGUUUGGAACAUUUCUCCAACAACCGAUGAAAUCCCUCCCUACUUUAUUCAUUGCCUUCCAGAUUGCCUCUUCCUCCCUUCUAACUCUAGGAAAAAACCCUUCAUUUCGCUCACUCCAGAUUUAAAACACAUGAAUCCAAAAGUUCUCAACUUUAAACUCUUGAAUCAUCCAGCCUUUGAUUUCAUUCCAUUUCCCUGGUGCACCAUCAAUCAUCAUGCAUUUGAGUAGCCUUUUCCAAAUAGGUUUGUGACAGCACAAUUACAAUCAAGAUCUUCCCAAGUUUCUAUAUCCUUUUCACAAAGAACACAAUUAGGAUCUUGAACUUACUCAUUCUGCCUUUAGUCAUCAUUCGUGAUUCGCCCAUGAAAAGCUAUCCAAAGAAUAAUUCUAUGUCUUGGAACAAUCUUAGAAGACCAUGCAAAUUUAGCCCUCAACAAACUUAAACAGCACCAUAAAGAACAUCACUGGACAUCCACACAGUUAUCCAUAAAGAACAUCCACACAGUGUCAACCAAUUGUGCUCUUUUCCAGAGGGUACGACUGCUAUGGGUCUUCCAGUUGCAACAGGGGCAUAUUUGUAUAUGGUGAUAUUUGUAAGUAUGUAGAUGAAUAGACUUAUUUUUAUUUUUAUCUUAGAAGACCAUGCAAAUUUAGCUCUCAACAAACUUAAACAGCACCAUAAAGAACAUCACUGGACUUCCUCACAGUUUUCCAUAAAGAACAUUCACCGAACAUCCACAAAGUGUCAACCAAUUGUGCUCUCUUCCAGAGGGUACGAUUGCUAUGGGUCGGUCUUCCAGUUGCAACAGGGGCAUAUUUGUAUACGGUGAUAUUUAAUUUGUUUCUUUAUGGCUAUGGUGCAAUCUUCAACUUCUUGGCUGCGACCACCAAUAUCACAAUUUUAGUGCAUUCAUUUGCCAAAACUCUUUUAGAUAUCCUAAACUAAGCAUCGAAAUUCUCUUCAGGUCUUGAGAGCUUGGAUAUCCUGAAAGGGACAUUCGAGGGUAAUAAUGCUGCACAAGGGAUUCUGUUAUCAUUCUUUUUCAAUUAUGCAGGUCUGUAUUCUAAUCUAUUAGUUCAGACAUGUUUCGUCUUCAUUUCUGCCAAUGCUUUUAUUUGUUUAAGACAAGAAUUGUAGUUUUAAUUAAAAUUCAUAGAACAGUCCUUUUGUAAAAGGUCAUUUGAUUACAAAAUACAGCAAAGAACAAAAUACACAAGAAGUAGGAAAAAGAAAAUUAAG